AUGACCUUCGAACACGCCUCCGCGCCUCGAGGUCUUCGAGGCGACAACCCGCAAUUCGGACAGACAUCCUUACCUUCUUCGCGCGAACUUGGCGAAGUGGUACCGGCAAAGCAACCAGACGGAGCCCCAGUAGCUGCCGGAGGCCCAGCCUUCGCAAAGUCAUGGGCGCAUUUCGUUGCGGGAGGUCUCGGUGGUAUGGCCUCUGCGACCCUGACCGCACCACUUGACGUUCUCAAGACGCGCCUGCAAUCGACGUACUACCAGCAGCAUCUCGCCGCCAUGAGAAGCGCCCGAGGAUUACCGCCCAUCGAGACCAUGUCUUUUGCCCGCAGCUCGUUGCUCCACAUCCGCGAGACCGGGGAGAUUCUGUGGCAAGUGCCCAAGACAGAGGGCUGGCGAGCACUUUUCAAGGGCCUUGGACCCAACCUGAUCGGCGUGGUUCCCGCGCGCGCUAUCAACUUUUACGCAUACGGCAACGGCAAGAGGAUCAUCAGCACAGAAUUCAACAACGGCCGGGAAGCUGCUUGGGUUCAUUUGUGCUCCGCGGCUGCGGCCGGCAUCGUAACCGGGACGGCUACAAAUCCCAUUUGGCUGGUCAAGACUCGACUACAACUCGACAAGAAUAUCCACACAGAUGGCCGUGGUCGCCAGUACAAGAAUGCUCUCGACUGCACCAUGCAGACGGUCAGGAAAGAAGGGUUCUUCGGUCUCUACCGUGGUUUGACCGCCAGCUACCUCGGUGUGUCGGAGAGUACACUGCAGUGGAUGAUGUACGAGCAGAUGAAGCUCGCAUUGGCAAGGCGCGCUGAGCGAGUCGCAGCGAGCGGACGGACGCCUACACUUUGGGACCAGACAGUCGACUGGACGGGCAAGGUCUCUGCCGCUGGUUGUGCCAAGUUUGUUGCCGCCCUCAUCACAUAUCCCCACGAAGUUGUUCGAACACGACUACGACAAGCCCCUCAGCAGGACGGCCGCCUCAAGUACACUGGCCUCGCACAGUGUUUCAAACUUAUCUGGAAGGAAGAGGGCAUGGCCGCGCUCUACGGCGGACUGGUCCCCCACAUGUUCCGUGUCGUGCCCAGCGCCGCCAUAAUGUUUGGUACAUACGAGGGCGUACUGAAGCUUCUUGGGGAGUCUAGCAACAUGUAG